AACCUGAAAAAUUGUUGAGGUUUAAGUAGAAAAAUCCCACUCUCGUAAUAUUGUCUGUACUCCUCCAGUCCUCCGCCUUCAUUCCCCAAACGGAGCACAGAGAAAUGAUUGCCACUUCAAUGGCUGUUAUCCAGCACGUUUGUUCCGCUCCCCUCGCACGUGUCAUGCUCCCUCGCUCCCUUGUCUUUUCACGCUCCCGCGGCCUCUCUAUUCUCUCCGCUACACGGGCUUCCCAUGCCGUCUCGCAGCAGGUGCUCCUCGGCAUGUCUGAACAUGAGCUCCAACAGCUCGCCCUCGAAUUCGGUCAGCAAAGCUAUAGAGGAAAGCAACUGCAUCAUCUUAUUUACAAGAGAAAGGUCAAAGAAAUUGAAGAUUUCAGUCAUUUACCUCAAGCAUUCAGGAAUGAUCUUCAAGAAGCUGGAUGGAAGGUUGGGCGGUCGCCCAUUUAUCACACCGUCACUGCAGCUGAUGGGACUGUUAAGCUAUUGAUUAAGUUGGAGGACAACAGACUGAUUGAAACCGUUGGCAUACCUGUUGAGGAUGAUAAAGGUUCAAUGCGUCUUACAGCAUGCGUAUCAUCACAGGUAGGCUGCCCACUGCGCUGCUCUUUUUGUGCCACUGGGAAAGGGGGGUUUUCAAGGAACCUUAAGAGGCAUGAAAUCAUCGAGCAGGUAUUAGCUAUUGAGGAGCUCUUCAAGAAUAGGGUGACAAAUGUGGUGUUCAUGGGAAUGGGCGAGCCAAUGUUGAAUCUGAACUCAGUACUUGAAGCACACCGGUGCUUAAAUAAGGAUGUGCAAAUUGGGCAAAGAAUGAUCACAAUAUCCACUGUGGGGGUUCCAAACACAAUUAGAAAGCUGGCUUCUCACAAACUUCAGUCAACAUUGGCUGUCAGUUUACAUGCCCCUAACCAGAAACUUAGGGAAGCAAUUGUGCCAAGUGCGAAAUCCUACCCUCUGGAUGCAAUCAUGAAAGAUUGCAGGGACUACUUCCUUGAUACCAGUCGACGGGUUUCCUUUGAGUAUGCACUCUUAGCUGGAGUCAAUGAUACAACAGAGCACGCAGUAGAACUUGCACAACUUCUUCAUGAGUGGGGACGUGGUAAUCAUGUAAACCUGAUACCUUUCAAUCCAAUAGAAGGCUCUGAGUAUCAGCGGCCACACAGGAAAGCUGUGGCGGCAUUUGCAGCUGCUUUGGAAUCACGUAAAAUAACUGUCAGCGUAAGGCAAACAAGGGGCCUAGAUGCUAGUGCUGCUUGUGGUCAGCUGAGAAACAAAUUCCAGAAGAAUCCUCUGCUCGCUGAAUCUGAAAACUUGCAAUCUCAAGCAGAUGUUGCAGUUGCAUGUUGAUGUGGAUAUAUGCUUCCAUGUUCUCUUUCCUUGAUCAGUUUGAAGCGCGACUAAAAUAGGUGCAUUGUGCUUGACAACAAGGCAGCUGGGAUUAUUCCCUUUUUUAAGUAUGAUCAUUCCCUCUCCUAGUUGCGGGAGAAAUAGAAAUUUUGUUUUGAAUCAAGUGCAGAAAUGCUUUUUAUACACAUUGUACAUUGAUGAGAUGUUAGAAAAGAAGUGUAUAUGAACGGUGUACUAUAUAUGCUGAACUGCUGGAUUGUGGAUGGCCUGCAAAGUCACAAGCGAGUUGACUCCUUUCUUCGUACAAUCUAUAUCCUGUAUUUGAUUAUUAUGCUAGCUAGUUCCUCUA